UCUUCUUACUUACAGUGGAUUAGUAGGAGCAGGGUGUCAUGCUGUUUCUCCCAUUUUCCACAGUUCACAGGAGGUAAAAGAAGUCUGGCUGGAGGCCCUCCGAGGACAGACCCAAGGCCACCCAGGAGCAAGAUUCAUCACUGGACGGUCAGCCCAAACUCUGAUGAAGUUGACAAGCAGCUGCCAUGCUUCAAAAACACUAAAUGCCAGUAAUAUGGAGACAUUAAUUGAAUGUCAACCAGAGGGUGAUAUCAAGGAACAUCCUCUGUUGGCAUCAUGUGAGAGUGAAGACAGUAUUUGCCAGCUAAUCGAGAUUAAGAAGAGAAAGAAGGUGUUGAACUGGCUCUUUCUCAUGAGAAGGCUUUCCUCUUCAUCAGAUUUUUCUGGGGCUUCAGAGCCAGAAUUGAAGGCGUCCCUAUUUGAUCAGCCCUUGUCAGCUGUCUGUAGUGACAACGACACACUCCCCAGACCCAUCCAGGAUAUCCUCACUAUUCUAUGCCUUAAAGGCCCUUCUACUGAAGGAAUAUUCAGGAAAGCAGCCAACGAGAAAGCCCGAAAAGAGCUUAAGGAGGAGCUCAACUCCGGAGGCAUGGUGGAUCUGAAAAGUCUCCCUGUGCACCUCCUGGCGGUGGUCUUUAAGGACUUCCUCAGAAGCAUCCCACUGAAGCUCCUGUCCUGCGACCUGUUUGAGGAGUGGAUGGGUGCCCUGGAGAGGCAGAACGAGGAGGACAGGAUCGAGGCCCUGAAGCAGGUUGCAGAUAAGCUCCCGCGGCCCAACCACCUGCUGCUCAAGCACUUGGUCUCCGUGCUCCAUGUGAUCAGCAAGAACUCCGAGGUCAACAGGAUGGACGCCAGCAAUCUCGCCAUCUGCAUCGGGCCCAACGUGCUGAGCCCAGAGAAUGAGCAGAACCUGUCGCUGGAAGCCCGGAGAGACCUGAACGAUAAGGUCAAGACACUGGUGGAAUUCCUUAUCGAUAACUGCUUUGAAAUAUUUGGGGAGAAUAUUCCGGCACAUUCCAGAAUUGCUUCUGAUGACUCCCUGGAACACACGGACAGUUCAGACGUGUCAACCCUGCAGAACGACUCGGCCUAUGACAGCAAUGACCCUGACCCCGACACGGAGCUCAGCAGCGCCAUGGGAUCCCCGAGCAGGCGGCCGCCAGGGCCCUUGGACCAGGCUGCCGGCCUGGAGCCCAGAGGCCCGCUGCACCCUUGGGAGCCCGUUGUCAGCACUGCGGCCAGACUGAAAGGCUCCCUCGGGCAACCGGACAGGAGGUACUCGGACCCCAGCGCAGCAUCCUGGCAGGGGUGCCUCGAGGGCAGGAAAGCAAACCCGAAACUCACUCGAAGUGAGGAUGACUUCACUCUGGCCCAGGCGGCCUCUCGUUUUGCAAGUGAGGAAGCUGAGGACCCAUUUGCAGAGGAGGUGUUUCCUGCAGCUGAAGGCAAAACCCAGAGGCCCCAGGACCUGAGGGGGCAGGACCCAACUCGGGGUUUGGUGUCACCGUACAGACUGGCCCCCAAAGCUGCCUCUAGUGGCUCCCUGGACACUUUCUCUGACACCUCACCCCUGGCUUCUCCUUCCAGUCCCAAAAGAAACGUCUUCACCAGACAUCAGUCUUUCACAAAGACUGAGAAAAGUAAGCCCAACAGAGAAAUAAAAAAACACUCCAUGUCAUUCUCCUUUGCCUCUCACCAAAAAGUGUUGACCAAAACCCGCAGCUUUGUGGUUGCAAAAUCCAAGGGCUGCACCGCAGACCAAGUAAAGAAAGGUUUUAAGAAAGAAAGCCAGCUCGCAGGCCGAAUCGUCCAGGAAAACUUGUCCGACAUCCGCGGCCAAACAGCUCUGGACUUUAACUCGGGGGCCCACGCCCUCUCGGUGGAGAACGUAUUCCAGCUGGUGGAUCAGAGGAGCCCUGGCAGCCCCCCAUCUUACGAGGAGGCCAUUCGGCACCAGGCCUUGGAGCUCACCGCCUACGGGAGCCAAACAGUUGGCAGCAUGAGGGCCAGGAUGAUGAGCCUGGACUCUGGGCUGCCGCCUCCUCUCCCUGUCCCCCACAGAGGGGACUCAAGAAAUACAUGCAGCCAAGAGCCACUGGCUGGGCCCGGACGGUGGCCUAGGACUGAGAGUUGGAAGCAGAGCAGGACUGUCUGUGCUCCCGUGGAAACAACAGGACAGGUGACUAUCACCAGGAGACCUGAGCUGCAUCGGCUGAGAACGAUGUCUGAGUCUCAACAGAAGAGCAAGCAGGCCCCCCUGGCCCGGCGGUGUAGUCAGCCCAUCUUUGAUGCUGAGCAGUUCCGAUUCGCUAAGGAAUCCUACAUCUAGGAGGUGGGCCCACUACCCAGACAGAGCGCGUGGCACCUCUGUACACAUGGGACUGUGUAAAGAACUGCUCUUAGACUCUGUUUUCCAAAAAGUCAUGAAUAAGCUCCUUUGGAAAGUUGUGUAGACAUCUCCUCAGAGAGGAAAGCUACCCAACUCCACAACGGCACUCAGGCAGUGUCUGUGCACCUGAAUUUGUGUGACAUGUAGCAAACGUAUAAAAUGCAUUCUAGACAAAGCGUCGGGUGCAAAGAGGUCUACGACAACAUGUGUAUAUAUGUGUUUGUGUACUUGAGCUAAAACUGCUUUGCUGUUCUCUGCCUCCUGGGGCAUUUUUCUAGUGGUUAGGGUUGUAAAAUAAUCUUUUCUUUUUUUAUGUUGUCACAAAUGGCAUGCAGAUUUUCAUAUUUUCCACAGACUCCAUUUAGGGGAAAAUGUUUAAGUCUCUGUUAGAAGUUUCCUUUAAUAACCAGCUUCGUGAUAACUCAUCACCACAGUAAGAUGAAAGCAACAGCAAGGAAUAGAGUUGUCGGUGAAUGGAGUUAUUGAAGGCAUUGCAAACUCCCGUAACAGAAGAGGUUGUUGUUAAAAUGUAUGAAAAAUACUUCGGUAUGUCUUUUAAUCAUCUAAUUCUAAAUUUGGGUGAGUUAGUAAAAAUGCAUUAUAUUAUGCAUCAUUAACUGAUUUUUAGCACUUUGAGAUUCUUUGUAGUUCAGUGGUAUCUUCUCCAAUAGUGUGGAGGAAAUCACUUUAUAUGCAUUGGCGGUGAUAUGUAAAACUUUGGUAUAAUCUCACUACAAUA